UGGAGAGACGCAGCUAUGGAGGGUCAAUGCCUAAGGCCUACAGCAUCGCGCGCUAUGAAGCUGGCAGCGAACCGUGCCACGACAGAGGCCAACCGGGCCGAGGCCGCCCUGUCCCACGUGGGAAGUCGCGGCCCGCAGAGGGGGGCGCGAUCGCGGCGUGCGGAGCCUGAUGGGGACCCCAUGGAGAAGCCGCGAGCUCGAGCGCCCCGAACCCAUCCAGGGAGGGCGUCCGUGCGCCCCAAGGAACUUCAGAUCUCAGCAAUGGGCGUGGCUGGAGAUGCUGAACUGCCUACUGCUCCGGAGCCCCGGCUGGCUGCGGUCCUGGACCCCCAGCUGCUCGCAGACCCCGAGGUUUCCGUCUCAAGGGGUCUUGGCCACAGGAGGGGCGCGCGCUCUAUGGGGAAGCAGAGAACGCCGCGGGGAUCCCGGAAGGAGCAUGAAGAGACUCCCGACAAAAGGCUCAAGAAGGUCCUGGAAAACUUGAAAUUGAAACGCAAUGAGAUCUCGGUGGCGGCGGAGGUGGUGAAUGAGGUCGUGGGGCAUCUGCUGUCAAGAAUGAGGAACCGUGAGUCGGAGUUCAAAGGCGUGCAGCAGCUGAACACUGGCAGCUACUAUGAGCAUGUGAAGAUAUCUGCUCCUAAUGAAUUUGAUGUUAUGUUUAAACUCGAUGUCCCCAGAAUUCAGCUACAAGAAUAUUAUGACACUGGUGCAUUUUAUCUUGUGAAACUCGGAAGAAUUCCAAGAGGAAAUCCACUGGGUAAUUUUUUAGUAGGGGAAAUAUUGUCAGCUUCCAAGAUGCUGUCAAAGUUUAGGGAAAUCAUUAAAGAAGAAGUUAAAAGAAUCAAAGGCGUAGAUGUCAGUGUGGAGAUGGAAAAACCAGGAAGCCCUGCUGUAACACUUCUUAUCAGAAACCCUGAAGAAAUAUCUGUGGACAUAAUUCUGGCUUUGGAGUCAAAAGGCAGCUGGCCUGUUAGUACCAAAGAAGGACUACCCAUCCAAAAUUGGCUUGGCACAAAAGUUAGGACUAAUCUAAGACGAGAGCCCUUUUAUCUUGUACCCAAGAAUGCAAAAGUUGGAAAUGGUUUUCAAGGCAAGACAUGGCGCCUCUCUUUCUCUCACACUGAAAAAUACAUUUUGAAUAAUCAUGGGAUAGAAAAAACAUGUUGUGAGUCUUCUGGAGUCAAAUGUUGCAGGAAAGAUUGUUUAAAACUAAUGAAAUACCUCUUGGAGCAGUUGAAAAAAGAGUAUGAAGAAUUAGAUGAUUUUUGUUCUUACCACGUGAAAACUGCAAUCUUCCACAUGUGGACAGAGAACCCACAAGAUAGUCAGUGGGACCCCAAGCACAUAAGCGCCUGCUUUGAUAACUUUUUGACAUUCUUUGUUGAGUGCCUCAAGACAGAGAAACUGAUGCAUUACUUUAUUCCAAAGUUUAAUCUAUUCUCUCAAGAGCUAAUUGACAAAAACAGUAAAGAAUUUCUGUUGAAGAGAAUUGAAUAUGAAAGAAACAAUGGAUUUCCAAUUUUUAACAAAUUUUGAAAUUAUGUAUUUGUGUAUGUGUUAUGUGUUCUUGUGGGUGUGUACUUAGGACAGAGGUUGAAGCAUAUGUCUUCCUCCAUCACACUUUACUUUUUUGAGACAAAGUCUGCCUCUGAACUCAGAGCUCAUGGAGCUGUCCAGGCUGAUCAGCCAGCGAGCUUCCAGGAUCCACCUGUCUCUGAGCAUCACCUGUACAGCUUUUACAUUGUUGCUAGGGAUCUGAACUCAGGUCCUCAUGCUUACAAAGCAAGUACUAUAUUGUCUGAGCCAUCUUCCCAGCCUGAAAUUGUAUUUUAAAAUGAGAUUGGGUUAAAGGGACUUAGGUCCAUCGUGGUGGCGUAUGCCUGUACAUGAGAAGUAGAGGCAGAAGAACAUAGUUCAGGGUGACCUUUGGUUGUAUCUCUAGUUCAAGGAGAGCCUGGGCUACAGGAAACCUACUUAAAACCAAGUACAAAGGGUACUGGAGAGAUGGCUUGCUGCUCAUUCAGAGAACUUGGGUUUUGUUUUCAGUACCAAAUGGCAGGUCAUAACUGUAACUCCAGUUCCAGGCAAUCUAGUUUGACCCUUGCACGAUUCUGCUUACACAUACACAAACACACAUGAAAAAAAUAAAUAUUUUUUAAAAGCAUCAGAAACCAUCAGAAAGUAAAACUGAUAUGAUCCCAUGAUAUGUUAAGUAUAUUGGCACUUAUAAUCUUGGCACUUGAGAAACUGAUGUAUGAGGGUUGCCAUGAAUGCAAGGCCAGCCUGGGCUACUGAAUAAGAUUUUGUCUCAAAAAACAAAACA